AUGGAAGCCCAUCUCCAGCUUUAUGAGAUAAUGCUUUCUGCUGCAAAGCCCAUGGCUCUCAAAGCUGCUGUCUUGCUUAACAUCCCACAGAUUAUAGCUACACAUGGCAAAGAAAAUCCUCUCUCUGUGGAGGAAAUUGCUGAACAUAUUUCUGCCUCCACAAAAGAUAAGGUUCCACAGAAGGAAAACUUGUCUAGGAUUCUGAGAUUGCUGGCUUCUUGUGGGGUCUUCACUGAAGAUGUAGAUGAGCAAACCAAGCAAAUGAAAUAUGGGUUGAACAGUGUUUCAAAAUUGCUAGUGAAGGAAGAAAACAGGGAUUCCCGUGAGCAAUUUCUGAUGUUGGUGACAGAAAAAAGUUUAUGUGGAUCCUCAACACCAUUUUCGUGA